AUGGCCGUUUCCGCAACACGGCCGGAGCGCAUCACCCCCAGCCUGACGGUCCAGUCUCCACUUGGAUCCGAGAAGCGCGGACCUGGGCUGGUCAUUGUCUCGCCCGCCGGCGGCAGCGGCAGCGGCAGCGCCGGUCAGCAGCAGCUGCUAGAAGCCGACGCGCAGCAGACGUAUGCGCGGCAGGGCUACAUUGUCGCUCACCUCAAGCUGUCGCCUGGCUACAAUGAGCUGAGGAUCCGGGACGAGCUGCGCGAGGCCACCGAGGCCCUCGACUUUCACGACAACUGUAGUGACAAGUCGAGAUACGGCAUCAUAGUCCACGAUACACUGGCGUACCCAUCUCUGGUUGAAGCCAUCAAUUGCAAUGGAGAGAUCAAGUCGGCAGUAUUCAUUGGGGAGCCGUCCAAGCCGUGUUCAAAGUCAUUCCUUUCCAUUUCACCAGAAGAAUAUUCUACAGAUGCGACCUCGGCUCAAGACAAGGCGCUCAAGUAUCUCAGGGGACAAUGA